CGGACCCCGCGCCGAGGCCGUCAGCGGCGGGGAGAGGCGGGAAAGGCGGACGGCCGCUGUGAGAAGGCGUCGGGCCUGUGCCGUGUCGGGACUGCAGGAGGACACACGGAGCCUGAGUAAGACCAGGAUGGAAGAGUCCAAUGAGGGCCUUCCCUUCCAGAGAGACACCAUCCUAUCCCAGUUGUGUUGUGAUCAUGUCACCAUAACAAACCUGGUGGAAGUGCUGAGAUCUUUGGUGGCUUUAACUGACCCUCAGGAGGGGAAGCUGACUCAGUCUCAAGAGAAAGCACUAAAUUUGCUGGGCAUUUGGGAAACCGUAUUUGCAGCUGUUCCUGGGCCUACAUCAAAGACCUCAGUGGAGCGAUAGCUUGAAGAUGGGAGAUCAGGAUGGAGGUGAACCCUUUCUGGGGAUAGUGGCUGGUGGUGGCACAGACUAUGAAGGAGUUUUGCCCUCAGACACAGUGUCGCUCAGCGAUUCUGAUUCCGAUGAUUUGGGGUUAGCGGAUGAAGCGGAAGUUGACACAAUAUCUCCUGAGGAGCCGUCUGUAGAUGACAGGGAUUACAGAUCAGGGGAGACCCCCGACUCUUCAAACAGCAGUCACAGAUCUCCUGUCCAGCCGUUCCACCUGAGGGGCAUGAGUUCUACAUUCUCUCUCCGUAGCCAGAGCAUCUUUGAUUGCCUGGAAGAGGCGGCCAAGUUGUCUGUGCCCUCAAUGCCUGAAGAUAAUGUUGUUGAUGGGAGGUUUAAGCGCCCACUGCCUCCAGCCACGGUUUCAAGUAACAUGGUUCUAGAAAGCCUGGGAAAGCAAGCCAAACCAGUGCAGGCUCCCAAAACCUCUCCUGCAGUGCCUGACUAUGUGGCACACCCAGAGCGCUGGACCAAAUACAGCCUAGAGGGAGUUUCAGAGUCGACUGACAAGACUAACAGGGCAGUGGCCAUGGAAUUUCUAGAGGGUUUGAAGAAAAGAGGGGAGGAACAAAGCUCAGCUACCCAAGAUAGCUACACCCCAUACUUCAACCAGAACCCUUCCAGCUGUGGAACUGGAAGGAUUGUCUUCACCAAACCAAUGAAAAGGGGUGUUGAUGGACUGGAAAAGAAAACAUCAACAGGGGAGGGUGAUAAGAAACAUGUGAAAACAGAUCUGAAAGGAAAGUCUCUUAAGAUGACUGAUGACUUAAAGGAGGAGGAUAAGGUAGAGCUGGGGCACUUAAAUAGUGGAAGUGGAAAGGCAACAGAGGAGGAGGAAUGCACGAUGGCGGGGGACCUGAGUACAGAAGGCAAGGUUAGUGCCAGGUUUAGUGGUGCAGGUGAAGAGCCAUCAGUUGAAACAGUUGGAUUCCAUUGCAGUAAGAAGAAGAAUAGGAAAAAUUUCCGACCUAAAGUAGAUGAUGAAGGGGAUGGAGAAGAGUCCUGAAGAGUGGAGCACACUUGCGACAUCCAAGGACUUGUGUUGUCUUUGGAUAUAUAUGUUUGUUUGUUUGUUUUUCUCUGACUUAUUUUUUUCUGGUCUGGAAACCACGUGAUAGCUUUUUGUCUAACGGUUUGCAUUGUAGCCAGCAAGAACAUUUUAUAUUGUUAGAAAUUAAGCUACCUAAAAUACUCUCCAUGCUUUUGGUCUGUGAGAAGUCUGUGGGCACAGGAUAGUUGCACCCUACUAGGAGAGAAUACAGUGUGCUUUGUUUGCUUGAGCAGCUCCCUGGGGCUUGCUCUGAAGUUUGAAGUAGCCCUGAGCACCAAAGAAAAAGAUAUGUUAGCUAAAAAGAUGCAAGGCUUCUUACUAACCCCCAAAUUUAGAGCUGUUGUCAAAUCCUGGAACAAAGAUGAUGAGCUCACUGUGUAGAGAAUUUUAAACAAUGAAAAUAAAACCUAGUCUUCCACUAGAUGUGAUUUCUCCUGACCCUGUCCCAGCAAGGAAACCUUUUUCUUCUUUAACACCUCCUCAUUACUGUUGAGAGUGAAAGCACAAUGGAAGCCAAUCAUGAGUUUGGAGAGCCCAAAUACUAAGUUUGGCUUAAUAUUUACCUUAUUGAGUGUUACAUGAGAGAGAUUUUUAAACACAAUGUUUCCUCCAGAGAGGUACAACUCUGGGUGCAUCCUGGUGACGACGCGCUCAGGAUGGCUUCAGCAAAGUCUUCCCAUGUUGACUCUAGAUCACAAUUUGCAAGUCUCUUUUAAGUUGGGCAGCAGCUUUUCCUCUUACUGGUAUGUUAUGAUGUGAUUUGUAUGUCCGUUCCAGAUGGCACUGCUUCCACAUUGAUUCCGUGUAUGAAUUCGGUGGGAAUGAGGAAUUUGUACCAGAACUGGAUAUUUUUAUGUUCUUUGGGAUUCAAUAAACUUUUAGUUGCAGCUUGA